AUGGAGUUCGACAAGUCCAUAUUAAACAAAGUCAAGCAUAAUACCAAGAUAAUCAUCAAUGAUAUUGAAUACCAAGGUUUUAGAAUUAGAAAAGCUAACAAUGGUCUUCUGACCUCUCAGCUCAACCAUAAUCUCAACUUUGACCCGGAAAUAUUGGCUGUGCACCUUAUUAUAGGUUAUCUAUCGUACUCUGAGUACAAAGAAGGAGCCACAGACUUGUUUAAACCCUCCACUCUACUUGAUGGUUACAAAUACCAACAGAAAUAUCGCUUCAGUAGUGGUGCAACCUUUUCCAGUUUCCAUAAUAUCAGCUUCGAAGAAAGGACUGACGAAGCAUUUGCUGGACAGACCUGGGAUGUACAGGAUUUAGUUGAGACUUUCAUUCCAUCUGGACCAGACUUGGUCAAGUCCAUCAUGGUAGUUAAGUGGAAGGGAGACCAGCGCAAUCUCUCCGCUGGUAUCUAUAUUCAGUGUGAGAAGAUUACUGUUCAUCGUGACUUCCAGGAGGUCGGAGGUGAACCUGAAAACCUUCUUGCGAUACAGCUACCUGUCGAGACCAAAGGCAGAGAAAAAGCUCGCGAAGAGGCUGAAGCUCCGCAGUUGAAUGCUGCUAUUGGUGUCUCCACGUUUUAA